AUGUCCAAGAGGGGGGGGCAGCAGCCCUUGGAGGGAGAACUGCCGCCGCGUGUCCGCAGUCCCGACAGCAUAGACGUCCUCAGCCACUCUGCCUUCCUCCAUGCGGCCGCCGAGUCCGGCGAGCCGGCCACUGACAAAUACGGCCAGUCCCUCGUCCAGUUCGAUCCCGUGGCCGAAAGGCGGCUUCGCCUCAAGAUCGAUCUCUGCAUCGUGCCCCCCGUGUCUCUGCUAUACCUGUUCUGUUUCAUCGAUCGAGCUAAUCUCGGUAAUGCCAAAAUCGCUGGCCUCGACAAGGACCUCGGCAUGAAGAAUUACGACUUCAACAGCAUAAUCUCCGUCUUUUACGUCUCAUAUAUCCUCUUCGAGAUCCCCAGCAAUAUCCUAUGCAAAUGGAUGGGCCCCGGCUGGUUCCUCCCGCUCUCGGCGCUCCUAUUCGGCGUCGCCUCCCUCGGCACCGCCUUUGUCACCACGAUCCCCCAAACCAUGGGCGUGCGCUUUCUCCUGGGCGUCUUCGAGGCCGGAAUGAUGCCCGGCAUAGCCUAUUACCUGUCUCGCUGGUAUCGCAGGGCCGAGCUGGCUUUCAGGCUCUCCCUCUACAUCGUCAUGGCGCCCCUGGCCGGCGCAUUCGGCGGUCUCCUUGCCUCGGCCAUCCUCAGCCUCGACCACUUUGGCAGCCUUCGAAGCUGGCGCAUGAUCUUUGCCAUCGAAGGCAUCAUCACCAUUGGCCUCGGCCUUUUGGCUUUCCUGGUCCUCACCGACCGGCCUGGAACCGCGCGCUGGCUGACGCCUCAAGAAAAGGACCUGGCCAUCGCUCGUAUCAAGUCGGAGCGCAUCGGCGCUACCGCCGUCUUGGACAGACUGGACAGACCCAAGCUUCUCCGCGGCAUGCUCUGUCCAGUCACGCUCAGCACCUCGCUCGUCUUUCUCCUCAACAACGUCACGGUCCAGGGCCUCGCCUUCUUUGCCCCGACCAUUGUCAAGACCAUUUACAGCCACACAACGCCCGUCCAGCAGCAGCUCUACACGGUGCCUCCGUACGCGGUUGGCGCCUUCUUCACCGUCUUGUUGCCUCUCAUCAGCUGGCGCAUGGAUAGGCGCCAAAUCUUCGUCAUCCUCUCUGCGCCCAUGGUCAUGAUUGGCUAUUGCAUGUUCCUCGGCUCGCACGACAGCUCGGUCCGGUACGGGGCCACCUUUCUCAUCGCGUCGUCGGUCUUUGCCCUGGGCCCUCUCACGAAUGCCCAUGUGUCUGCGAACGUGGUCAGCGACACGGCCCGAAGUGCCGCCAUCGGCACCAACGUCAUGAUGGGCAACAUUGGCGGAUUGGUUAGUGGAUGGUCGUUUCUCCCCUGGGACGCCCCGGAUUACCGCAUCGGUAACGGACUCAACUUGGCCACGGCGGGAUCCAUCCUCGUCCUCAGCAUCUUGACGCUUUUGUGGAUGAAGAGGGACAAUGCGAGGCGCCGAGGGCGCGACGUGGAGGCAGAACUCAGCGGGCUGACGCCGCAACAGAUUGAAGACCUCGACUGGAAGCAUCCCGCUUUCCAGUGGAAGACUUGA